AACACGUUCUGGUUCGUAUUGUCGGAGAAAAGUCACCCUUGAUUUGGAAAAACGGAAGCCGCAUUCAACACCGGUACUUUCGAAGGGUGGCCAGAGAUCUCGAACACUCAAAUCUGAGGUCUUGGAUUCCGCCGCAUGCAUCCGACCGUAUAUCGACAGUGCGAGCUGGUUGUACCUGGAUUCAACCCCUGUGAUUCACCUCGCCUCCCCCGUGAUGCAUCCACAGAAUUUGGAGUACGCUAUGCCUCCGCCCCGGAGAAAAUCCGUGCAUCACCAUCACCGCCAUCACCACCAUCGGCGCUCUCGUCGCUGUCACAGAACGCACCGGAGGGUAGCUAGUGAUCCGGGCACUAGAGUGUGGAUCAAUGGACAGCGUGAGUGGAAACGCAGACGGGUCUUCAGCUUUAACAAUGAUGUUUUAGGCAUCAGGCCUGUAGAAAAUGGGGUAAUCGCCGAAGCGAACGAAGAAGAAACGUCACCUGGCGAAGGGCCUACGUCUACUUUUAGAAAAGUGCCAUGGCAUCCAAACCUGCAUAUGCUCAAGAUUAGGCAUACCUGAGUGUGUGCGAGUAGGGAUGUUCAAUAUUGUGGAACAUUUAGUUCGAUUUCCAAUAUAUGUGUAUAGCCAUUGCAUCAACAAUUCCAUAAAUAAGAGGUAAAUAGGUAAUAUAAAUAUUAUACUCGCAAUAAUCGAAUAUUGAUACCGCAUUUAGCUUUGUGAAUGAUAUUUGUAAGAGUCCAUCAGCCAAUGGUAAUGUCAUUAUUUGUCAUUUUCUUUGGUUAGAUAUGUAUGACUGUCAAUGAGUGAACUUGAUGUAGGGUAUUUAAUUCGGAAUAGUAUAAUUUAUGUGUAACAAAGUCAAUUUGUAUUAAGUAUGAAAAUUUAUUAUACACAUAUUUGAUGUAAUAUACUACUCAUGAUUGAAUAAACCAACCGUCGUUUCAAGA